AUGCUGAACUGCAAAGUGCCGAUUCAAUCCACGCUGCUGCUCGCUUUGCUCGGGGCUACACAAGGCGAGACAGCGACUUCAGACCCAGCAUCAGCAACAUACUCGCUGUCAGCAUUUGCCAUCGGCGACUGGGGCACAACCGUGACCAAGGGAUCCUGCUGCUCACGAUCGGCUACGUAUAACAACUACGAUAUCAAUGCUGAGGACGUUGUGGCGAAUCUGAUGGAUAUCCAGGCGGGUAAGCCUGGAGGGUCGUGA